AUACUUAAUUACCACUGACCAGGACUACAUUGUUAUAUAUACACUGCUCUAAACCCCUAAUAACUCCAUUUUUUCCGUUUAGAGCCCUCUCUCCGUCCCUCUUUUAGUUCCUCUCAAAAAACAGAGGAACUGAACCACCACCUUUGUCUACACACUUACUUAUACUAGUGUUUAUACCACUACAAAUAUGGUACAAGGGACCUGCAUUUUGCUCAUCUUUUGCCUCACCACAUUUUCUCCUCUUGCUUUGGCCACACUCUCUUCUUUCAACUUUACAUCUCACAUUGCCCAUCCUGACCCUGAAUCUGUUGUUCAAGAUCUGCAGAGGAGAGUGAACAUUUCAGUGUCCAGAAGAAACCUGCUUUCAUAUGAAAACAGUGUUCGCUCCACCAAUUGCCAAACCGGCAAUCCAAUCGACGACUGCUGGCGCUGCGACCCCAACUGGCAACUAAACCGCUUUCGUCUAGCGGACUGUGGUAUCGGAUUCGGUCAAUAUGCUCUUGGUGGUAAAAAUGGCCGUUACUACAUUGUCACCGAUUCUUCAGACCAUGAUGCUGUCAAUCCAUCACCUGGCACACUCCGUUACGCCGUUAUUCAAACCGAGCCACUCUGGAUCGUCUUCGCAACCAACAUGCUCAUCCAUCUCUCCCAGGAGCUCAUUUUCAACAGCUACAAAACGCUGGAUGGACGCGGCGCCAAUGUUCACAUCACGGGAGGGGGCUGCAUCACGUUACAAUAUAUUAGUAACGUUAUUAUCCAUAAUAUUCACAUUCAUCAUUGUUAUGAAUCGGGCAAUACGAAUGUCCGGUCUAGUCCGACUCAUUUCGGGUAUCGGACCAAAUCGGAUGGCGACGGUAUAUCCAUUUUCGGAUCAAGGGAUAUUUGGAUUGAUCAUUGUUCGUUAUCCAACUGUAAAGAUGGAUUGAUUGAUGCGGUGAUGGGGUCUACUGGAAUCACGAUUUCUAACAAUUUUUUUUCGCAUCAUAAUGAAGUGAUGCUGCUAGGGCACAGCGAUGAUUAUUUACCGGAUUCGAAAAUGCAAGUUACGAUUGCGUUUAAUCACUUCGGACCGAAAUUAAUUCAACGGAUGCCGCGGUGCAGAAGAGGGUAUAUUCAUGUGGUGAAUAACGACUUUACGAGAUGGGAAAUGUAUGCAAUUGGAGGGAGCGGUAAUCCUACAAUUAACAGUCAAGGAAACCGUUACACGGCUCCCGUCGAUCGCAAUGCGAAAGAGGUAACGAAGAGGGUAGAAUCGUCACACCAGAAGUGGAGAGACUGGAACUGGAGGAGCGAGGGGGACAUAAUGGUAAAUGGAGCCUACUUUAUUACAUCGGGUGAAAGUUUAGAGCUAAAGUAUGAAAAGGCUUACAGUGUGGAGCCCAAAUCCGCUGUUAUCAUUGACCAACUCACCGUUAAUGCCGGUGUCCUCGGUCACAGGAGAAAUAACCUGGGGAAGUGGACUAGUGGCGGAGACGAGAAUGGCGUUCCAGGAUCGGAUUCCGGUGAUUUAGAUGACGACUAUGAUUAUGGUUCUGAGAGUAGUGCCGCGGCUCAUCCACCAGGCGCUCCGGCAAAUUUUAUAGUCUUUCCUUUCCUAAUCGCAUUGUCAUCGUUGUUAUUCCUGUUUGUCUCGACCAAAUCUAAUUUAUUGUAGUGACAUUUUUAAGCACAUCAAUUUGAAACAAAAUUUGUGUUUGGCUCA